AUGUGCAUCUGCCUUUCCGAUCUUUUGUUAAUCGUUCUUUCAGUGUUUUUCCCACCAUUGCCAGUAUGGAUUCGUCGUGGAGUAUGCUCCAAAGAUUCAGCCAUUAAUAUCCUUCUUUGUAUACUUGGUUUCAUCCCCGGUUUGAUCCAUGCUUGGUACAUCAUUGCCAAAUACCCACCUUAUUACCAUCAAAGUGAAUCAAAGGUGUAUUAUGUCUACAGAAAUGAUUUGGAGAAUCAAACUCCAAGAGAUCAUCCUCAACACCCUCAUCAUCAUCAUCAUAACCAUCAUAAUCAUCAGCAGCACAACCAGGCACAAAAUGGGCACAUUGCAGACGAGCCAUCUCCUCAGCCUGCUUUUGGUUACGGUUCAGUUGUCGAAGGAGGCAGUAAUGGUAGUACUGCAAAAGCAGAUCAAUAUCGGGAAAGCGCACCUCCCUUGUACUCAGAAGUUGAUAAUAAAGUACAGCAUUGA